UCUCUGCCCGCUCCCCAUCAUGCUGUAGUACAGAUGGAGAGCACCCUGUGCAGCAGUGAUGCUCAGGGAAAGGCCAUUCGGUUGCUCCCCAGGACCCUUCUCCCAGCCCUGCACAAAGCCAUCCCGCUGCUCAUCCCUCCUCUGCACACCUCGGGCGCCGCAGAUCAGCUGGGACGGAUCCUGCCCUCUGCAUCUGUGUGUGACAGUGCUGUGUCACACGGUUGCUCCACUGGACUGUGGGCAAGGUGCAGCACUGGGGGCUCUCUGGCUGCACGUGCACCUCGGGCACUGCUCUGCGAGCACCUCCUCGGGGAGCUCUGUGCCACAUCCCGAUGCGCAGCACACCGAUGUGUCAGCUGCCAAAACAGGCGGCGCUGCCUCUGUGUCAUCUCAGAUGGAUCACCACGGUGAGUGGUUUUCUCACCGCCGGCUGUGCAGGGUGCAGAUGACCCACUUAGAUGCUGGGGGAGGUAGCAGCCAGGUCCAACAGUCGCACAUCCGCCUGAAUGCAGAGCUCUCCAUGCCAGGAGGAGACCCGGCAUCUCUUGCUCCCUGCCCACCGCUGCUUCCCUCCCCUGGAGGUGCCGGGGAGGAUCCCUGGUGCUGCACGGCAUGCAGCAAGGCCCAGGCGCAGCACAGCUCUCUGACAAGACAGAACAGGCAGGUUUCGUAUGCAGGAAUGGAGAGCCAGCAGUGGGAAGGGAAAUGUGCUGCUGAUAAGAUCGCGUGGCUGCAAGCAGUGCGUGGCAUGCAGUGUGCACACAGCACAGCCUCCCUGGGAGGCUCUGACACGUCUCACUUAGUGCUCCUGCUGCUGUGUGCAGUUCGAAUAGCUGCCCCUGCUCACCCCACCAGGUCCUGCUCCUCCACCAGGGUCCUGCUCACCCCAGUGGUUCAGCUGUGGGAAGCUGAGGAGGACCCCAGGGAGCCCUCCAGAAACAUCCAAAGGCCCCAAAGGAGCUGGACCUGUUCCCCGUGGUGCGAGGACAGGGUGUGCAGCCCCAAGGGCCUCCUGCCUCUUCCACCACAAAGCUGCAAGAGAGAACAUGUUCUGUGGGAGAGAAGAAAUAAGGAGCCAAGAGUGACCCUGGGGUGCUUUGAGUGGCCCAUAGCUUUGAGCAGGACACACAUAACAGGGUCCAUUGGCAGCCCCAGCCAAGAUGGAGUGAACCAGGACCAGGGCCCCAGGUGAGGCUGCUGAGGGCUGUUAGGACCAAUGAGUGCCCUCAGGGUCCUGCAGAACUCCUUCUCUGGCUCUUGGGAGAGAAUUUAGUGGGUCCAGGAAGGGUUAAUGGGGGCUCCUGUGGUCUGAGAUGGGGAAGGAGGCUGAAGACAUGCUGUGGGGGAUGGCACUGGGGCAGCUGGUGGACACGGACCUGCUUCCAUCUCCCUUUCCUGCAGGCCCUGGGGCUGAAGGCAGCGAGGGAUCCACCCAACACCCUCACAGCCCGCGGGACUGAGGGCUGCGUGGACUCCCAGCGGCAUCAACCAGGGUGAGGAGCUCACCGAGCUCACCCCAAUAGGAAGGGGACACGUUUCCUUGCAUGAACCUGCCAGAGUGCGCUCAGGGCACAUGGAAGGCACUAAAAUAGGAGCCACAUUGGGUUUUGUUUUUUGUUUUUUUUCAAGCUGCAGUUUCUGUUUUGCUGCUCUCAGCAAGAAAUGCAUUUCCAACAUCUCCGCAGGCAGUGAGUGCUGAGUGGCUGUAAUAUUUGUGACCAUAAGAGACAUUAACACCCGGUGCCGUAUCCAAAGACCAGAAGACAGGGAAUCAAAGUUGAGCGUGGUGAUGCGCUGGGGUGUUUGGGAACCAACAUUUGGGCAAUGGGGAUGUGGGAAGCCGGGACGUCGGGCACACUGUGUGGGCGGGCUGGGGUGGGGACAGUGGCCAUAGGAGCGUCCCAUUCCCGUUCCACGUGGCCUCAUGGAGGUGGUGGGGCUGUGCUGGGACGUGGCCGCUCUGCUGUGAGCCCGGAUGGGUGCGGGGCACGAGCAGCCACGGGGUGCUGAGAUUUGUGGUGCCCAUUUCUAGCACCCCACGUCCCCCGGGCUCCGUCCCCCCACAGUAACCCCCACUGCCACCCGUGGCCCUGGGGCGCCCCAUGUGUCUUUUUCCAGUUGUUGUGUUUCUCAGGAAAAGAAUCAAAAAGACAAAUUCCACAAGCGAAUGCUGAAAGAGUUUUAUUUAGCAGCCCCUGUGUCAUCGUGCGGCCGUGCAAAGCCACUCAGCAGCCCCCUCCUACCCCGUCCACACGUGGCUACCCCCCCCCCCCAGCUUUGUGCAGGACUCUGCCACGAAGAUGGGGUGAAAAAAGUGCAAAUCAAAGGCCAUGCUACCUACCUGCCCUCCCACAGUGGCCAGCACAGAACUCCUACCCCCCGGAGCAGACGAUGGGGACAGUGCCAGGCGGUCCCCUGCUCCCCGCUGUGCAGCGGGGAUGGUGCCAUCCCAUCCUCAGCUCCAUGACGGUGGCUGGCACAGAGGUUGCUGUCGGCGUUCUCUUCUCCGUAGCCCACAGUACACUCAUCCAUAAAGUAGGAAACACUACACCCUGCAGUGCUGUUUAGUAGUGCUUUCUACUUUAUGGGUGACUGCACUGUCUCUCAGUCGGUGUCGGCGGUUGCUCUCCUCUGGCGAUGCAUUUUCCUCUACCCGCGCCCGGCCGUGGGACGUCUUUGUGGGCGGCGUAGCCGGGGGCACGAAGGGAUGGACAGCCCCUGCCGGCGUCACCUCCCACCCUGAGGAGCCGAGUGGGGCACAGGGGACAUCCCCGCCUCACCCCCAGUGGGGAGAUCUUGCCUUGUAACUCUAAGACCCCAUUCUGGGCACAAGGGGCAGCCUGGCCUUGCUUGUCCCUAUGGGGGACACCCUACUUUGCAAGCCAUCAUUCCCUCUCAAGCUCUUUGCUGAGCACAGGAGAUAUUGUCACCUUGUCCCCAAAGGACAGACCCCACCUCGGACCCCAUCCCAGUCACAGAGAACCUUCUUGUCUUCUUUCUGCUGGAGAGAACCCCCUCAAAUCUCAUUAUGCUCUCUCAGACCCCCACCCUGGUCUUCUUUGCCUUACCCCCAUGUGGAAGACCAGGA